AGGCGGCCCGCCCCUGGGAUCGCGCUCGCGCCGCCGCUGAGGGGAUUGAAUUGAGGCGCCGCGGCUGCGGGAGGCGAAAAGGAAGGAGGAGCCGCCGCGCGAGUGCGACGGGGGCAGAGCCGUAGAGAUCGACUCAGAAGGAAACCGGGAGGAGGAUGUCUCACAGAGCGGCCAGCGUCCGGAUCAGCGAGUGACUCUUAACAGCGGCGGGCCUCAGACCCCAGCGCGGACUCGGACUUUGUCUUUGGGGGCCCCUACUCUGCCCUUCUAGUUUCCGGCAAGAUUGCAGAGGAGCCGGCGAGCCUCUCUGCCCUCCAGCUUUCCUCACCAUGUCCAAGAUGCCGGCCAAGAAGAAGAGCUGCUUCCAGAUCACUAGUGUCACCACGGCCCAGGUGGCCACUAGCAUCACCGAGGACACUGAGAGCCUGGACGACCCGGACGAGUCACGUACAGAGGACGUCUCCUCCGAGAUAUUCGACGUUUCUCGGGCUACGGAUUAUGGCCCUGAGGAGGUCUGCGAGCGCAGCUCCUCGGAAGAGACGCUCAACAAUGUUGGGGAUGCCGAGACUCCCGGGACCGUCUCCCCAAACCUCCUCCUGGACGGGCAGCUGGCGGCCGCGGCGGCUGCUCCCGCCAACGGAGGAGGAGCCGUUUCGGCCCGGAGCGUGGCUGGGGCGCUGGCCAGUACCCUGGUGGCGGCCGCCACCUCGGCCCCCUCCUCCGGGGCACCUGGCGCCCCGCCGGUCGCGGGCUCGUCUGCCGGGCCCGGGACCGCAGCCGCAUCACAGCCCCCCACCACUUGUAGUUCCCGUUUUCGCGUGAUCAAGCUGGACCACGGGAGCGGGGAGCCCUACCGCCGCGGCCGAUGGACGUGUAUGGAAUACUAUGAGCGGGAUUCAGACAGCAGCGUCCUGACCAGGUCCGGGGAUUGCAUUAGGCACAGCAAUACUUUUGACCAGACUGCGGAACGGGACAGCGGCCUGGGCGCCACCGGAGGGUCGGUGGUGGUGGUGGUGGCCUCCAUGCAGGGGGCGCAUGGGCCCGACUCGGGAACUGACAGUUCCUUGACUGCUGUGUCACAGCUACCCCCGUCGGAGAAAAUGAGCCAGCUCGCCCCGGCCCAGCCGCAGAGUUUUGGCGUUGGGCAGCCACAGCCACAGCCACCGCCGCCCGUAGGUGGGGCUGUGGUUCAAAGCGCGGCUCCAGUGCCGCCGUUCCCGGGAGCCGCGGCCGGGCCACAGCAAAUGAUGGCAGCCCCGCAGCCGAGCCAGCCCCAGGGAACCGGCCCCUGCGUCCUCCCGCAGGGGCCCAACGGACCGGGGCUGCCGCUGACGAAUGUAACCCUGACGCAGCCCGGAGUGGCCCUGCCGCAGCAGCCAGGCCCGGCCGUCAGCGCUACUGCGACGCAGCAGCCCCAGCCGUUCGCGUACCCCCAGCCUCAGCUACCGCCCGGACACUUGCUGCCAGUCCAGCCCGCGGGUCAGAGUGAGUACCUACCGCAGCACGUGGCCGGCCUGCAGCCACCUAGCCCCGCGCAGCCCUCGUCCACCGGCGCCGGAGCGAGCCUUGCCACGGCUGCCAGCCUUCCAGUGGGCACCAGCCAGAAUGCCGCCUCGGUGGGGGCGCAGAUAAUGGGCGUGUCUUCCUUGCCCAGUGAAGCUGUGGCCCCGGGGCCGGGACCCGCACCAGGCGGACAGGCCGCGCCUGGUCAGCCGGCCGGAGUGCCCAUGGCUGCCGUGGGAUGCGCCGUGCCGCCGGGCCUGGUUCCCCCUGGGACCGGGCAGCCCCAGUCCGUGCCUCCGCCGCAGAUGGGUGGCAGUGGUGCGCCGUCAGUCGUGCCUGGCGGCCCCCACGCCGUGCUGCCCGGAGUUCCAAACGUGCCUGCAGCCGUGCCCGCUCCAAGCGUGCCUAGUUUGUCUACCACCUCUGUUACUAUGCCAAAUGUACCCGCGCCUCUGGUCCAGCCGCAGCAGCUGAGCAGCCAUACGCCAGUCAGCAGGAGCAGCAGCAUAAUCCAACAUGUUGGGCUGCCCUUAGCGCAAGGCACACCCAGUGCACCAACAAGUCUACCACAGUCUGACCUAAGCCAGUUUCAGACUCAGACCCAACCUUCAGUCGGGCAAGUUGACGAUACUAGAAGAAAAUCAGAACCCCUACCUCAACCACCACUUUCUCUCAUUGCUGAAAAUAAGCCUGUUGUGAAGCCUCCUGUUGCAGAUGCCCUGGCAAACCCCCUUCAGUUAACACCUAUGAACAGUCUGGCCACCUCUGUAUUCAGCAUAGCUAUUCCUGUUGAUGGUGAUGAAGACAGGAAUCCUUCAACUGCUUUCUACCAAGCGUUCCAUUUGAACACGUUUCAGGAAUCAAAGAACCUCUGGGAUAGUGCAUCUGGGGGAGGUGGUGUAGCCAUUGACAACAAAAUAGAACAAGCAAUGGAUCUGGUGAAAAGCCAUUUGAUGUAUGCAGUAAGAGAAGAAGUGGAAGUUCUAAAGGAACAAAUAAAAGAAUUAGUUGAAAGAAACUCUUUACUUGAACGAGAAAAUGCACUGUUAAAAUCUCUUUCCAACAAUGAUCAAUUAUCCCAGCUCCCAGCCCAACAGGCCAAUCCUGGUAGCACUUCUCAACAGCAAGCAGUGAUAGCACAGCCUCCGCAGCCAGCGCAACCUCCACAGCAGCCGAAUGUCUCCUCAGCAUAAAGCUUUCUUGCCUCAUUAAGAAAAAACUGAAAGCAAUCUAUCCUUGUGUGCCACUGGUAUUCUUUCCACUUUAUACGAAAGCAAGUAGCCAUGCUUUGGUUGUGUGUUUGGCCUUUUCAGUAUUAGACAAUCAUUCUACAGGAGCUUUUCCUCCCUUUGAGAUGUCAUGCAGCGCUGUUGGUGUCCAGUUUUAUGUCAUCAGUACACGAGGAGUAUAAUAGAUGGGGUUUAUUAAAGCAAGCAAAGUCUGCAUUUUAUCUGGUGCGCAUGAGUGGGGUCUUUUAAGAGCUUUGGUGGCUCUCUCGUUUUUCCUAUCAUCCAUGGAUUUACCCUGAGCCUUCCUAUCACAUUCUAAAUAACAGUUCAUCUAAAGAGCCACUUUUCUUUCAAUACCAGUAACAUUUGCCUACUUAAGUUUUCAUUUAUUUGUGUUUUAUUUAUUACAGGGCUGCUAUUUUCAUAAUGUACAUGAACAAUGUCACAGAACUUUUUUAAUUUUUUUUUUGAAUAAUUAUAAGUGUCAGUAAAGGAUUUGAAAGACAGGAUUGCAUUUAAUAGAUAAAACGUUUAGGCAAUAAUUGAACAAAAGAAUCCUGGCAUAUUUCUAACACUAAUGGCAAUUUACCUUCGGUAUUUAUUUUCAGUAGUAAAGACCCAGCUUGAAUGUAAAUUUUGUAUAGUGUAAGUAUGAAGAACAUAGUGCAACUGUACAGGUAGUCACCAGUUAUUGUGAUAUAAUAAAUAAUUGGGCUAUUUUGAUGAAGAAAACUUUGUUCAUUUGUUUCUACUUUCUAAUAGAGAAAUUGCCACGAUUCCUCUGCUUUUUGACAUUUCGUAUGACUUUCUUUUUUCGGGUGGGAAUAAAAAGCUGUGAAAUUGUUCAACCUACUUUGUAACCAAAGAAGCAAAGCUGUGUAAUGGAGUUUUUUUUAUAAUGCACAUUCUUUAUGUAUUUUUAUUUAGUGUUUCCUCGGUCACAAUUUUCUUUGCUGUCUAGCAUGAUCUGCAUGACCUAUAAUCUUUGAACCACUUUCGUACCUCAUGUUUUUAUCCAGCACUCUUAUUGUAAUAUGUACUAGUCUGUGAACAAUGUCAAAUAAAAAAGAACGAACAGGUAGUAUGGUGGAGCUGAGCUAGUGUACUAUACACUAGUUGUAAAAAAAAAAAAAAAAAAUGAAGUGAGCCAUCUUUUGUUCAUUUAAAAUGGUGUUUUGAAUUUCGUAUGCAGAAAACAUUUUGUUACAUUGCAGAUUUUAAUGUAUUUAAUAAAUGCAACAUGCAGAUUAAGUGCAGUGUAUACUGAGUAUUUAAAUUAAAAUGUACAUUUCAUAAAUACAGUUUCAAGAGAAAGCAUCAUUUUGUGUAUACUAACACAUUAAGUGUAUGUCAGAAAUUGAUGUAUAAAUAUAUAUUUUAACACAUUUUCUGAAAUUAAACUGCAGUUUUGUUGAAA